AUGCCCAGUUUUCUUUUAUUCCAACUGGUUUUGACAGCAGUGUUUGGGGCUCAGGGUGUCUAUAAGAGUGACAAAAUCCGCUCUUCAUAUCUAAUCUUUCUGGAAGGUCAUGUCAUGUUAGGACACGUGACAAAAGUACAGUUCAGUCAAGGCGUUUCUUCGUGUGCACAAAGAUGCUUAUCUGUUCCAGGAUGUCUAUCAUUUAAUUUUGCGAAAGAUGACAGUCAGUGUGAACUCAACAAUUCAUCUUCUCAAUUUGCAAGCCACUUCAAAGACUUGACCGUAAAACGAGGAUUCGUAUAUGGUCAUUGGAUUACACUUCCCAUUAUGCGAUUUGUUUUCACAACGCUCGGUGGACAAGGACCUGUGGGUCCAACUAAUACAUCAGGGUACUUAGGUACGUCACUGGAAGGUCAAGUUCAUCUUAACAAUGGUAUUCAAGAGUGGAAAGUUCCGUAUACAGGAAAGUAUUUUAUCGAAGCGUUUGGAGCUUCAGGAGCCAAUGGUACUUGCGCAAAUUGUUCUGGAUGGAAACUUGGAGGUCGAGGAGCCAAAAUGUCCGGUUUCUUUGAACUUAGCCGAGGACAAAAGUUAAAAAUAUUAAUCGGGCAACAAGGACAAGUCAACUUUGAUUUCCCAGAAAACCCAGGAGGAGGGGGUGGAGGUACCUUUGUCACGUUUGCAGACAAUUCACCUAUAAUAAUAGCAGGGGGAGGUGGGGGAGGAAGUAUUAACUUAGACGGAGACCCGGGACAAGCUGGGCCAAAUGGGACGAGGAAUGGAGGCAUCAGGGGAUCUGGGGGUCGAAUAACUAAUCCAGGUAUAUUAUCUGGUACUGGAGCGGGCUUAUGGGGCGAUGGCGAGGGUAUGAAUGGACAAGCAAGAAGCUUUAAAAGUGGAGGUCAAAGUGUUAAAACAGGCUCAUUAGGGGGAUUUGGUGGAGGGGGCUACGGUUUGGUUCUCCCUGGAGGAGGAGGCGGAUACUCCGGUGGUGGAGUGGUAGGAACUUUCGAAGUAGGAGCCGCAGGUGGAGGAGGUUCCAUAAACAACGGAACUUCACAGGUUAACGAAAGUGGUGUAAAUAACGGUGACGGUAAACUUGUUAUAACUCUUAUGACUUAAAACAAAGAAGUCUAUGGUUGAACUCCUACGCUCCCUCCGUAUUUUGAUUCCAAGAAGUCUUAACGCAAAAAUGGGUUUGGUGGUCGAAAGUUUUGUUCAGCCUGUAUUUCCUGCGCGUGAUUUAUGGCAUAUCCAUUGGAAAUAUCGACCAAAGACCGAAAUGAGCCCAUCUGAUCUUAGGUAUUUGUCGCUGAACUUUACAUAAGAUACCUGUAAUAUGGACACAUCGCAAGUCAUAUGUCAUGCCCAACUGGGCCUUACACGUUACAGAAAUGCCAACGUAAUAGGUAUCAAACAACUAGGUUGAAAAAAAUUAACUUUGAAAUAAGUCAUGAACGUGAAUAUACAAAAAACAUUUUAUAUUUCAAUUGCGGGAGAAAGACUACAUCACUUACAAUGUAACUGUUGUUUUACAUCAUAUAAGUAGAGAAACAUAGUUUUUGUCUAAGGCACUUGUUCAAGAACAUUUCUCAACUGACGUUCAACUCCACCCUGCCGGAACAAAGCCUCCUUUUGACUUCUUCUGGUUCGAGGAGGAGAAAAGAACUCAGCUCUGUACAAAACGCGUCAAACUUUGAAGUCGCUGCAGCACGAGCUUCUGGACUGGUUAAUCUUGUUUUCUGUCGUCAAACUAGUUUUUCGAGUGCGAUCAUCCGUUUAUUGAUAAUCGAUGGUCAUAACUGAGCCCGCAGUACCAAGCGCACGGCUAUCAGAUCUUCUUUGGAGACUGUAUCCUAGCAACAUGCAGCGCAUGCUCUACAAAUAUCUUACUCGAUUCAUGCAAAGUCUAUCUGGAGUACGCCAAAAUUGAGCAAGUGAAAGACUCUGCAGGAUGGCUCAUCUAAUUUCCAUUAAGUUUAACUUUUUCGAACAGAGUUUGAAGCUAAUUUUGGGGAACUAUUUGAAUAACCUCACUCACAUUUAACUAACAGUCGGCUAGGAGUACAAUGAAUUCGCUGGUUGACGACACUUUCCACAAGGCUUUGUUACUAAAGGUUAGGUUAAGUGAGGUCUUUUAAGCAAGAGAGGUCUAAACCCUUUUAACGUUACUAUUUUGAGCAGUGAAUUUGUGGGAGGUAUUAGAUUUGUUCCUAUGAAAACGUACACAUCGAUUAAAACGUCUCACUACAUGUAUAUUUUGUAUAAUUAGAUAUUGGUAAAGUUGAUUUUUUGCAAUGUAAACUCACGAGAGAACAGGAGCUGGGAUAACAAGGUGAAGGAUUCUUUUUUCUUUUUUAAAAAAUUCAGGAUACUUUUAAUUUGAUUUGCUUGACGAAUUAACAAACGCCUUCACGUCAUUGAAGAAAGGGCGAAUAUGGAACCGAUAAGAACUGGUCGGUCUUUAAACCUCAAAAAACACACCCAAAACAUGGGUGAUUUGGUUUUUAGCGAUCUCCUGUGGGUCAAAAUCUUCAGUUUUAGAGUGAAAUAAGCCGACUGCUUGGAUAAUCACUUAAAAAUUUAUCGAAUGACAAUGUAAAUGGCCUGAAAUAAGUGUUAGUUUCUGCAUUCAUGAUGACAAUCCUUCCCACAUAAAUGAGGACAACAACUACAAUUACAGAGAUGGUUCCCAACUCGAGCAGUUCAGUACUGUUGUAGUCUUUGACCCGCAGUAGUUUCUUGCCAAGCGUCAAGCCAAUCUAUUUCUCAUUGGUCAAAAUAGACAGAUUGCGUUUCUCCCAAUUGUUUUAACGAGGUUUUACGAAAUUGCGGAAUCAAUUUAUCCAAAAUUAAAAAUUGGAUUAAGUCGUGACAAAUCAAGAACGUGCUCGAAUCUAAUUCUGAAUUAAAAUUCCUCACAGGCUAUGCUGCAAUAAUCAAUACUCGAAGGUUGAUUGACAGGUUCUGAUUUGCCAAGUGCUUUACUGCCCCCGAAAAACAUUUGUUUGUUCAGGUAAUGACAGCUGAAAUUUCCUGAAUUGCGCUUCCAGUAUCAACACGCCCUUUAAAUCAUGUUAUAUCAAACCUUAAAUUGAACAGAACUACCCAGAAGAAAUGAGCAGAAAAGUAUUCAGAAGGUUAGUCUCAUAUCUCAGUUCAUUCAUUUUCUUCUACGUUCAGUACCUCAUGCCAAAAGAAAACAAUCUGCGCGAAUUAUUCUGACCUUACGUCUUAAAGAUUAACGUACGGCACAUUGAAGCUGCUCAGACAAACUGGUUUAAGCUUGUUCCUUUUAGCCUUUUUUCUUUAUUCAAAAGAUACAAACCGGCAAAAAAAAAAUUAAUAAUAAUUAAUGAAAAAAAUCACAAUUGCUAAAAUACAUUUUCCUCAAAACUAAAAACCAAAUCCAAAACGAAAUAUUCAUUUCCUAUAACUGGAAUUCGUUUACUAAGUAACGCGUCUGUUUGUAUUUAAUUUCUUUUUAUCACAAUUAACAAAAAUUCUGUAACUGUUAAUUUUUCAUGGCCUUUUCUGAAAUGAAACGUUCACUGAUGAGUGUUUCGUCUCUAAGACUGUGAAAUAUGACGCUCAUUCUGUAUUAGUCUGGAACAAAAAAAUUAAGUCAUUUACCCUAGUGAAAUGUCAGGUCUUUUCGACAACUUUUCAGUUUAAAAACCCAAUAAGAUUCAUACUGAACAGAAAAUAUUCAACGUUAAUGUUUCAAAAAUUUUCAACCCGAAUUUGAAAUACAUAGUAUGUUCUCACGCGAUAACUUCGUAUUUUAUUCAAACAAAGAUAUUUGUCUAUUAUAUUUUAAAAACCACCAUUUCUUGCUGCCACUAAAGACACGUCUAGGAUAAAGUUGUCAUCAUUUCGAUUGCUCAUUUUUACUUUCUUCUUUUCUUAUCUCUGACACUUUCUCUAACCAUUUACCAUGAUCGUUGCAUUCAGUUUUAUUUCAAUAAGUCUUCCUCAUCUCGGGACAACACGUCAAUAAUACAGGAAACUAUGAAUGUAUUUUAUUUACAGUGAAAGAGAAAUAACAUGCUAAUUAAAGCCAGGGCAGAGCUGAAAGGUCGAAGUUUUUACACUCAACCUAUUAAGAUUAGUAUGUGUUCCUGUAUUCGAAAACCUGACAUAUCAUCUUGUUUAACACUGCAAAACUACCAAAGCGCAGUCAGAAUUGUGUAUUGUUUUGUGCCUUGCUGGGGAUAAUUUAUAACAAUGAUACGUAGAGAACUUUCGGAAGAGUGAAUUCACGAACUAUGUAAAUAGUUUACUUCCUUUAAAUGAUUUUAUUUUAUUUUUUUUUGCUUUUGGAAGACAGCAGGAAUACUUGAUACAUUUUUGGAUGAGUUAAUGAGGUCUUCAGACCUCAGACAGCCUUACGUUUUGCUUCUAAACUUUAAUCGAACAAAAUUAACUGUGAUAUUUAGAAAAAAAGAAAGAUCUUCUGAAGGCAAUCACCAAAGUAAACACAGAGAAAUAUCGUUAAAAAUGGUAGCAGUGACUUCUGGAGAUAGUCGUUGAGAGCAAGCAAACACGGUGUUACGUUACUGGAGUAACAAUUUUUAUCAUUGUAACAGAAUUCUCUCCAUUAAUAAUAUCAUUAUCCUUUUUACAAUGGAUUUGAAUCUUUUUUGAAGCAAUAUUGGCCCAAAAGAUGGCGGCUGUUAGUGGAUUAUGACGUAAUCAUUACGUCAUGAAGUUGUUAUGUGAUGCUACUUGGAAAAGGGUCAUCUCAGAGUUUAAAGCCGGGGCUAAGUGCAAAGUCUUUUUAUGUGAAAAACAGUUUUUUUCCUUAUCAUGAAAUAAAACUUAUUUAAAUUAGAGGGUUUAGCAGUUGACCUCACUCAUAGUGAGAGAUGAUAGAAUUCAGCAAUCGAUGGACAUUCUGAAGGGUUUCAUUGCUAAGACUAACAGAGGGGUCGUGGAAAUAUAAGAUAUAAAACAGUGUAUUCCAGUCUAGUAGUUUUUCUUUUUUUCGUAUUUUCAGAUGCUUGAUGUUCCAUUUGUUCUUUUUCUCAACUUUCCUCUCGAUCUCAACGGCGUUGACGCGCUUCGACAUAACGGCUUCGUCAUUUACAAACUUGUAUGACGACUAUGUACUUUUCGAUUACGUCAUAUCCAGCCACCUGACUCAAGGCAUUCAGGCAUGUGCCCACCUUUGCUUGUUACAGUCAAAUUGCCUCUCAUUUAAUUUUAUAAAAACACUGGAACUUUUCGAGAAAGGUUUAUGUGAGCUCAAUAGAGUAAGUUGCCGAAAAAACAGUAAUGCAAGCCUCACUAAUGCUCUAGGAUAUGUAUAUGGUGAAUUCAUUGACGUGAAAACAAACCGAUUUAUAUUUACCACCUUGGGAGCGAGAGGAAAAGAUGGCCCUACCAAAGCACAACUUGAAGGCUACAAAAGAACUUCUCUAGAGGGGCAGGUAGAUGUACAACAAGGCAUUCAGUUUUGGAAAGUACCUGAAUCCGGGACUUACGUUAUAGAGGCCUUUGGUGCCUCUGGAGGAAAUGGUACCUGCCAAACCUGUUCAGGAUGGAAGCUCGGUGGACUGGGUGCAAGGAUAAAAGGAACCUUCUACUUUAACAAAGGAACAGCAUUGAAGAUUUUGGUUGGUCAGCAGGGCCUAUUAACCGAGUCUUUUAAUCAGCGUCCGGGAGGAGGGGGUGGAGGAACGUUUGUUACGCUUGUGGACAAUACCAUAAUUGUUAUCGCUGGUGGGGGUGGGGGUGGGAGCUUGGCGAAACCUAGCUACGGAGAUGGUGACCCAGGGCAAAAAUCGGAGAAUGGUACGCAAUAUGGUGGGUAUGGCGGAAUUGGUGGAUUCCGAUAUCAAACAGUGAACAAAACUUUCGACUCCCCAGACAUCAAAGCCAGCUCGGGGGCAGGAUAUAGGGGAGACGGGGAUGCACCAACAAAUACUGGCAUCACUCCGGCUAGAAGUUUUCUUGCCGGUGGUACUGGAGGAGAACAUGUAGCAGUACAAAAUGGAGGAUUUGGUGGGGGAGGAUGUGCAGUAACUCAUGGGGGUGGCGGUGGGGGUUAUUCUGGUGGAGGAAUUACCGGCACUAAGACUUCAGGAACCGCAGGGGGAGGGGGAUCGUUCAAUUCUGGUUUACACCAAGUUAACGACGCGGGAGUCAAUAAAGGACAUGGAAAGGUAAUUAUUACUCUGCUGCAGUGA